AACGGAGACCCUUAUCUACAUUCAGAGCUCGCUCUCACCCGCUCUCUCUCUCAAGCUCCCAAAUUCCCAAUCCCAACCCAUUCCAUCGGAGACGGAAAGAUGCUGAGCUUCUCAAUCGCCUCCCCGGGAACCCUAACCUUCCCUCCCCGCCGAGCAUUCCCCAAGUCCUCCUUCAACGGCGUCCGAAUCCAGCAAGUUUGCCCCGCCACCACCGCCCCGGCUGCGUCUUUCCGCAGGGCAGGCGCCGCCGUCAUGAUGGCGAAGAGGGAGGAGGAGCUGAAGGAGAUAAGGGCGAAGACGACGGAGGAUAUCAAUGAGGAGGUGGUGCAGCUGAAAGGUGAGCUCCUCAUGCUCCGCCUGCAGAAGUCCGCCCGGAACGAGUUCAAGUCCAGCGAAUUCCGCCGCAUGCGCAAAAGGAUUGCUCGCAUGCUGACUGUGAAACGGGAGAGGGAAAUCGAGGAAGGAAUCAACAAGAGGCUAUCGAGAAAGCUUGACAGGAAAUGGAAGAGGAGCAUUGUCGCCAGACCGCCUCCUUCGCUGAUAAAGCUGCGGGAGGAAGAGGCUGCUGAAGAAGCUGAGAAAUCCACGUGAGCCAGUUUUAGCAAUUAUUCUCCAGUUAAUGUAUGCCUCUUUUUUGUCGUUAAAGCUGUAUUGGUUUCACUGUCGCACGAUGCCUGGCUUCCAAGAGUCUUCAUGUAUAUUAUGUGGUGGUGAAUUGAUUAUAUAUCGAGCUCCCUUUUGCCCUCGAAGUAAUUUUAUCAGAAUUCAAUGGGUGGGUCUA